UGGUGACCUAUUUCGGUACAUAGAUAUUCCGCACUCUUUGGCAAUCUCAGCAGUUUGGCACUUGAUAUGUGUGCUACAACUCCACCAUCAUUACUGAGUGACAACACCUCACCCUAAAGAUGUGUUCAAGUUGGAUGCAGGUGACAUUUCUCCUUGCACACUUGAUUGUUGCAGGAGGAGUGGUAUACCAGUACCCGGGGUCACUAACAGUGGCAGAGGGUACCAAUGUGACAUUUCACUGUGACAUCAGUGAAAUGGGAGGGGAAUGCUCUCAUAUUGUAUGGGUGCAAGUGGGACCUAUGAGAAAGCUCACACUCUGGCCUCAAAAAACCUACAGUGUCCACACCAACAAGGCCUGCCUCCUGAACAUCAUCAAUGCCAACAGGACAAGUGUGGGCAUCUUCUACUGUGCUCUGCUUAAUGGUGCCAUGCUGAACAUGGGCAAUGGGAGUGUGCUGGAAGUCUCUGACCCUAUCACCUCUGACGCUACUCUGGAGGUCCUGGUACCUGUGGACUGGCAGGAGGUCCCCUCAUCCCCAGUCCCACUCAUGUGCCUGGUGUCUGGACUGGAUCCCAGUCAGGCCAGGGUGUACUGGGAGGUGGAGGGGAAGGUUCAGUCCUCAGAGCGUUUACCUGAGGUUCUGUCAGAGAAGCCAGCCAGUGUCAGAGUCCAGCUCUCUGUACCUGGCCAUACCUGGGCUGAAGGUGAAGAGAUCACCUGUGUUAUGGAGAGUACCAGUGGGGUGAAGAUGAACAAGACAGUCAGCAGGAUGGGAAUGGAGCGGUCCAGACAGGGAAUGUUUCUGGCCAUCUCUUUGGGCGGCAUGUGUAUCCUUCUUUCUAUUGUGGUGAUGAUCAUCACCUUGUAUGUCUGCAGACUGAGACACGACCAUCGAAAGAAACACAACCAGGACGGAGCACAGGGUCUGACUGAGGUGCAGUAUGCCAGUUUAAAGUUUGGAGCUGGUCGUGGGAGACCCUUACCUAUGUUACGGAUGUGAAAUGGCUAGCUAGUUAGCGGGUACGCUCUACAAGCGUUUCAAUCAGUUACGUCACUUGCUCUGAAACCUAGAAGUAAUGUUGCCCCUUGCUAUGCAAGGGCCGUGGCUUUUGUGGAGCGAUGGGUAACGACGCUUCGUGGGUGUCAGUUGUUGAUGUGUGCAGAGGGUCCCUGGUUCGCGCCCGUGUCGGUGCGAGGGGACGGUUUAAAGUUAUACUGUUACACCUACAGCCGCAGCUAAAACAGACAAUAUAAGUAGGCUAAAGCUGCCCUAGUAAGACCUUACAUGUGAAUUACAUUUUCUACAAAAACAUAAAAGAAGUGCUUAUUCAUUCAGGGUCAUCGGUUUGUCAAAAUGCUCCUGUGCUUUCUUGCUUAUGUUUUCUGACCUACUUAUUUGAGUCAAUGAUGUAAGGAUUUUUGCCUUUAGAAUAAGGAACUAAUGUAGUCAGAUUGUGUAGUCAUUUUACAAGCUUUGUGAUUAAAAAUCAUUUGUCUUGUUGAAAUAAUAGCCGAAUGUAAAUUACA